AUGGCCGGAUUGCAGAAUUGCAAUUUGGUCGCUAACCCCUGCUUUUCUAAACCCAUUGUUACAGAAACCGACGCUCAACCGUGUUUUGACGCACCAUUGUACAGGCGUAUCAUUGGCUCCCUACAAUAUUUAACAUUGACGCGGCCAGACAUUGCUUACGCCGUCAAUGUUCUAUCGCAACACAUGCACGAUCCGGCUCCGCAACACACUCUAAUGCUCAAGAAGUUGAUCCGAUACAUCAAAGGUUCUACAGAACUUGGUAUACCCAUAACCAGAUCAAACCUUCAGCUCCGCACAUUUUCGGACGCCGACUGGGCGUCAGAUCCAGUCACCUGGAAGUCGACGUCUGGCUAUUGCACUUUUAUGGGCAACACAUUAGUUUCAUGGACAGUUAAAAAGCAAUCUACCGUCUCUCGAUCGUCAACAGAAUCAGAAUACCGGGCUUUGGCAGCAGCCACGGCGGACACGAUUUGGAUCAGACGAUUACUUUUGGACUUCCGCAUCACCUUGUCCAACCCGGUAGACAUAUUUUGUGAUAACAUGUCUACUAUAGCUUUGGCAAACAACUCGAUUUUCCACGCUCGAACAAAGCAUAUAGAAAUCGAUCAACGAUUUGUUCGUGACCAUAUACAGCAAAAGCAUAUCAAGCUGCUUCCAGUCAGCACAAUAGACCAACUUGCGGAUAUACUCACAAAACCGCUAUCCACUAAUCGGUUCAAAGUUCUCCGCUCCAAACUGACUGUUAGCACUUACUCGUCAGUUUGCGGGGGAAUGUUAGAGCAGAUAACUUAA